AUGAACUUCCAGGCGGGGCCCGGGCAGAGCCCGCAGCAGCAGAGCCUGGCGGCGCCGGGCGGGCCGGGGCCGGGCUCCUCGGGGCAGCCGCAGGCCGGGCCGCCCCCGCCGCAGUUCGGCCUCUCCAACUCCGCCGCCAUCCGCGCCGAGAUCGGCCGCUUCGAGUCGGUGCAUCCCAACAUCUACGCGAUCUACGACCUGAUCGAGCGGGUGGAGGACCUGGGGCUGCAGAGCCAGAUCCGGGAGCACGUCAUCUCCAUCGAGGAUUCGUUUGUAAACAGCCAGGAAUGGACCCUGAGCCGCUCCGUGCCUGAGCUCAAAGUGGGCAUCGUGGGGAACCUGUCCAGCGGCAAGUCGGCCCUGGUGCAUCGCUACCUGACUGGCACGUACGUGCAGGAGGAGUCCCCAGAAGGUGGCCGGUUUAAGAAGGAGAUCGUAGUGGAUGGUCAGAGUUACCUGCUGCUGAUUCGAGAUGAAGGGGGCCCCCCCGAGCUCCAGUUUGCCGCCUGGGUGGACGCCGUGGUGUUUGUCUUCAGCCUGGAGGACGAGAUCAGCUUCCAGACAGUGUAUAACUACUACCUGCGGCUCUGCAGCUGCCGCAGCACGGCCGAGGUGCCCAUGGUCCUGGUGGGGACGCAAGAUGCGAUCAGUGCCACAAAUCCCCGUGUCAUCGAUGACUCCCGGGCCCGCAAACUCUCCAACGAUUUGAAGCGCUGCACGUACUACGAGACCUGUGCCACCUAUGGCCUGAACGUCGAGAGAGUCUUCCAAGAUGUGGCUCAGAAGGUGGUGGCCCUGCGGAAGAAACAGCAGCUCUCCAUAGGGCCCUGCAAGUCCCUGCCCAAUUCACCUAGUCAUUCGUCUGUCUCCGCUGCCUCGAUUCCUUCUGUGCACAUCAACCAGGCCACCAACGGCAGCGGCGCCUUCAGCGACUACUCCUCCUCUGUGCCCUCCACCCCCAGCAUCAGCCAGCGGGAGCUGCGCAUCGAGACCAUCGCUGCCUCCAAUACCCCCACCCCCAUCCGCAAGCAGUCCAAGCGGCGCUCCAACAUCUUCACGUCUCGCAAGGGCGCAGACCCGGAGCGGGAGAAGAAGGUGCCGGAGUGCAAGGCGGACAGUAUCGGCAGCGGGCGAGCCAUUCCCAUUAAGCAGGGCAUUCUCCUGAAGCGCAGCGGCAAGUCCCUCAACAAGGAGUGGAAGAAGAAGUAUGUGACGCUGUGUGAUAAUGGAGUCCUCACCUACCACCCCAGCCUGCACGAUUACAUGCAGAACGUCCAUGGCAAGGAAAUAGAUCUGCUGAGAACAACAGUGAAGGUGCCGGGCAAGCGGCUCCCCAGGGCGACAACGGCGUCAGCCCCCAGCGCCAGCCCCAAAACCAACGGGCUUGCCAAGGAGCGGAGCAGCAUGCAGUUCCCAGGAGGCGCAGGUGCCCCUCACUCGACCAGCAGCACCUCCCUGCACUCCGAACGCUCCAUCAACUUGGUGGGCUUCAGCUCGAAGCCGGACGGCUUGCACCAGCGCUCCUACUCCGUCUCCAGCGCAGACCAGUGGAACGAGGCUGUGGUGAUCCCCGGCAGCUGCCCCAACCCCCCUAAUGGCACCGCAGAUGCUCUCAGCUCCAGCCCAAACAUGUCCAAUGCUGCAAGCCCGAAGCUGGAGCCGCCUCCUUCUCCUCAUGCAAACAGGAAGAAACACCGCAGGAAAAAGAGCACAGGGACAGCCCGCCCUGACGGCCCCAGCACAGCAGCAGAAGCUGUAGCGAUUGGAACUUCCCAUCCCAAGUGUGAACUCCCUCCAUCCCCUGCCAUUGCUGGUGCCCUUGGUCUCUCCCGUGCUCGGCGUUGGCACGCAGAAGAACAAGACGAGUCGUUCGAGUUCAUCAUUGUGUCGCUGACGGGCCAGACCUGGCUUUUUGAGGCCUCGACGUCCGAGGAACGGGAGCUGUGGGUCCAGGCCAUCGAGAGCCAGAUCCUGGCCAGCCUCCAGGGCUGCGAGAGCAGCAAGAACAAGGCUCGGCUGGGCAGCCAGAGCGACGCACUGGCCCUGCAGACGGUCCGCACUGCACGUGGGAACAGCUUCUGCGUGGACUGCGACGCGCCCAACCCUGACUGGGCGAGUCUGAACCUGGGCUCCCUCAUGUGCAUCGAGUGCUCUGGGAUCCACCGUAACCUGGGCACCCACCUGUCCCGGGUGCGCUCCCUGGACCUGGACGACUGGCCUGGCGAGCUCAUCAUGGUCAUGACGGCCAUCGGCAACGCGCUGGCCAACGCUGUCUGGGAAGGGGCGGUGGAGGGCUACCAGAAGCCGGGCCCCGAGAGCAGCAGGGAGGAGAAGGAGCGCUGGAUCCGGGCCAAGUAUGAGCAGAAGCUGUUCCUGGCUGCGCUGCCGCACUCGGACGUGCCCCUGGGGCAGCAGCUGCUGCGGGCCGUGGUGGAGGACGACGUGCGCCUGGUGGUGACGCUGCUGGCCCAUGGCACCAAGGAGGAGGUGAACGAGACGUACGGGGACGGGGACGGGCGAACGGCACUGCACCUCUCCAGCGCCAUGGCCAACGUCGUCUUCACACAGCUACUCAUCUGGUAUGGGGUGGACGUGAAGAGCAGGGACGCCCGUGGCCUGACGCCCCUGGUGUACGCCCGGCAAGCUGGCAGCCAGGAGUGUAUCGACAUCCUCCUGCAGCACGGAUGCCCGAGCGACAGCUCCGUCAGCACGCUGACCCCCAGCCUGCCCCGCCGCAACGCCAACAACUCCUGCUCGGCGUCCCCGGCUGAGCUGGGCUCCAGCCCCAGCGUCCUCUAGCCACCCUGCCGGGCCGGCCUCCCACUCGGAGCCGCGAGACAGUGGGGGGCUCCCGGCCCCGCCAGACACUGCUGCUGGUGCAGGGACCUGCUCUCCCUGCCUUGCUGGGGGGUCUCACAGGAGCAGGGGGGCUGGCAUGGUGCACCCUGUGGCCGACACCCCAGCUGAACUGCUCCACGCGCAGAGGUGCCCUCGCAGGAGAAGGGGCUCCCCUGCCUUGCACCCCCACCCCAUAUGGGGAGGCAGUUCCUAUGCACUCCCCGCCCCCCACCUGGUACAGACAGUCCCUGUGU